AUGGGGGUCGAUGAAGCUUUGAUCAGAAAUGCACAAAAAACUAUCGAUCGCUUGAUCCGGCAGUUGGCUGAAAUUGAGAAUGAAAAAGAAACACUCGAGGAGAAAGAGUACAACGAGCUGAAAGAAGACACUAUUGAUCAACUCCAAGAAUAUAGCAAAAUUGUCGAAAAGCUGCAAGGCGGUGAUGUCUCACUAAUUGAUGAUUUAACUGCCACAAAAAUUGCCAUCCGAGCAGCAAUCAGUAAAGCGUUCAAGACGCCGGAAGUGAUGGCAUUGUUUGCUGGAAAACAUACUGGUCUGCUCCGAGAAAAGCUUAUGAUGACUGAGACUAAUUUUCGAAGUGAGAAACUUUCUAAACAGGAAUACCUAGAGCGAAAAUUUGAAAUUCUGAUGGCUCUGACUCGACUAGAAGAGCCUUUGACAGAAGAUGAAAAAAGUUUUCUUCGAGCCAGAUUAGAAACUCCAGAGUUCAAAUUGAUUGAAGCCAAUGCAAAUCGAAUAUUCAGUGGGGAUUUAUCUGGUUAA